AUGGAUGUUGAUUGGGAUUUGCAUGCGGUAGUCAGAGGCUGCGCCGCCGUCGCGACAACAGGCACCAUUGGUUCUGCAACCUUUUAUUUUAUGGCGGAUAUGUGCCCUCGGUCUUGCUUUUCUUCGUUUGGUGGUCAAGAAGCUUUUCAGGGUCAUGCUUUGUCUACUCCAAACCAGUUCGAAGCUAGAAAUUCCAUGGAAGAUUUGCAUGAACUAUACAAAUCUUUCUUCCCCAAAUCUCAGCCGCUUUCACCGCAAAUCACGAUUUUAUCUUUGCUUUCUUCUAUCGACUCGUCCAAAGAACAACAACAACCAAAGCAUUCUAACGCUGGCUCUGUUACUGGCGUUAUUACGGCAGCCAGUAACAAUUCUGCAACUGCCAAUUCUAAUAAUUUUCGAUCUAAAAGAAGAAAGAACCAGCUAAAAAAGGUUUGCGAAGUCCCUGCUGAAGGGCUCUCUUCAGAUGUGUGGGCAUGGAGAAAAUAUGGUCAGAAACCCAUCAAAGGCUCUCCAUAUCCAAGGGGCUAUUACAAAUGCAGCACUUCAAAGGGAUGUUUGGCCAGAAAACAAGUGGAACGAAACAGAUCCGACCCGUCCAUGUUCAUAGUCACAUACACAGCUGAACAUAACCACCCUGCUCCGGCGCACCGCAAUUCACUCGCCCGCAGCAUUCGUCAGAAGCCUUUGAACCCACAAACUGUCACUGCCGGUAAUUCCAUCAAACCGUCAUCAGCCAAACCUUCCAGCAGCUCGUCUCCGGCGACCUCCGUGGAUGAAGAGCUUGUGGAUCAAAGUAGUACAAAGGUGGGGAGCAGAGAGGAUUUGGUUUAAGAUGAAGGGGAAGAUGAUUUUGUGAUGUCGGACACAGCAGUGAGCGAUGAUUUCUUCGACGGUUUAAAAGGACUCGCUGA